AUGAUUAAAACUGCGCAUGCAGCAUUCGUCUCCAGCCAAAGAGAAUUUCUAGGUGACACACAGCAGCAGCAGCAGCAGCAGCAGCAGCAACAGCAGCAGCAGCAGCAGCAGCACCAACAGCAGCAGCAGCAGCAGCACAGCAGCAGCAGCAGCAGCAACAGCAGCAGCAGCAGCAGCAGCACCAACAGCAGCAGCAGCAGCAGCAGCAGCAGCAGUAGGAGGAGUAGGAGUGGGAAGGCUCAGAGCCGCUACGCCCCUAGGCAGCCGCAGCCCCCGCAUCAUGCACACUGCUGCUGCAGCACAAACAGCAACACAAGCAGCAGCAGCAGCAGCAGCAACAGCAGCAGCAGCAGCAGCAACAGCACCAAGCACGAUGCCGACUCCACGUACGGAAAGAUUUGUGGCCAGCCCAGUGCUCCUCUCCUCCCUGCAGCAGCAGCAGCAGCAGCUGCAGCAGCAGCUGCAGCAGCAGCAGCUGCAGCAGCAGCAGCUGCCGCAGCAGCAGCAAGAGCUGCCGACGCAGCAGCAGAUACACCAUCAGCAGUUGCAGCAGCAGUCACGGCAGCAGCAGCAGCAGCAGCAGACGCCACAGGUUAG